UGAAGUCUGUCUGUUGGAGGCCACCGUCUGACGUCAUGCCAAAACAGGAACUAACACAGCGCAGUUUGUUGAUGUGAUUUUGCAGUGAGUUUCUAUAUAAACGCUUGUUAUAACUGAAACAAAAGUGCCGCAAUAUGUCACAGGAUUUCUGGUUGCAGAAUUAUGAUGCAGCUUGUCGGCUGGCUCAAGAAAUUGCGGAAAACAUCCAUGAAAGAAACAGACAGCAGAGAACUGGAGGAAAUCCAGCCAAGCUGAACAUGACCCUGAGAGCAUCAUUACAGAAGCUCAAACAGAAUAUAGCACAGCUCAGGGAGACGCUGAAUCGAGCUGCUGCUCAAAGGCAGAUAAUGCAAGCUGAAGCAGACAGAAGACAAAACCUUGUUGAUGAUCUUGCUACAAGAGAAACAAGACUGAACGCCUCUUUCAAAGGAGACAUCACAGAAGCCGAGCCAUCAAGGUCAAGUCUGAUGACAGGUGGAUAUGGGUCGGGACCUGCAGUGAACCCGUGGCUGGUUAAUGAGCCUGAGGAGACCAGAGGACUUGGCUUUGGAGAAAUCAAACAGCAACAGCAGCAGAUUAUCGAAGCUCAGGAUGCUGGCCUGGAUGCUCUGGCUGCAGUCAUAAGUAGACAAAAACAGAUGGGUCAGGACAUCGGCAAUGAGCUAGAUGAACAGAAUGAGAUCAUUGAUGACAUUACUCAGCUUGUGGACAAGACGGACAGCCGCAUCAAAAACGAGACGCGCAGAGUCAGGCUGUUGGACAAGAAGUCCACUUCCUGUGGGAUGUGGGUGGUGAUUGUUCUUCUCCUCAUCGCCAUCAUUGUCGUGGCGACUUGGCAAUGAAGAGGAUGUUUCUGAAGAGAAGACAGCACAGAUACGGACCACAGAGACUAUUAAAAAGAAGUGUGUUCGGGGGUUAACGAGGGAUACACGCAGCUUCCAAGCAGGCUGUAUAGGUAUACACAUCCCUCCAGACCCUUCUCCUAUCCCCUUUUCUGCAUUUAUGAAAGUAAUGGAACCCAUGACUGGGUUAAAGCCAAGGAAUGGACCACUAUGAAGAACUGAAAUUCUUAGUUCCUCAGAUAAUGAUCAAAGUAGGAUUCGGAAUGGAAAGAAAAAUAGAAAAGAGCUUUGAAAGGUUUUGAAUAUUAUUAUGAAUAUAACCAUGAGCUUGAGAUGCUCCAAGGGGGGAAAACCCAUUUAAAUUCUUUGUUUGGCAGUAAAGAAAAUGAUCCGUAUCCAUCAUGUAAACAAGGUCUGUGAGUCACAAUGCAAUACAGAAUAUUGAGCGCCGCUCUUGGGUUAAAAUAUACAAGCUCUGAACCUAUCUUUCAUUAUCUAUUCAAAUGCAUUACAGUUCAGAUUCUAUUUUUUAAGUAAAAAAAAUGUGAUUUUCUUAACACUUUUCUGUAUUUUUUUUUUUCCCUGAGAAUGUGACUUAGACAUUCUUACGUUAAAAAUUCUAAUAAAUAUAGUUAACACA